AGAACUCACCGGAAGUGGCUGGUGCUGGGGGUUAGGGUUAACCUCAAUGCUUUUCUGCACAAAUUUGCCUUUGGAGUUGAGGAGGUUUGGCAGGACCGGAGGAGAGGAGCCCGGGCAGGGAGUCGGCCUGCAGCGUCUGAGAGGCUCGGAGGCAGGACGGAGCAGGUGCUUCCCAGGCUGCUGAGAAGAUGGUGGCUCUGACGGUCCCAAGUGAUGGUGGUUUACACGGAGGCGGAGCUGAGCCCUGCGAGACUGGUUAGCACGGUGGAGGAGCUGGUAGCGGCACCUGCUGGCUGGUGGGCGUGAACCCGGGAUCUCAGCGUCUCAACUGAGGGGAAGCAUGUCUAAGAAAGGCCGGAGCAAGGGCGAGAAGCCCGAGAUGGAGGUGGACGCCGUGCAAAUGGCAAACGAGGAGCUGCGGGCCAAGCUGACCAGCAUUCAGAUCGAAUUCCAGCAGGAAAAGAGCAAGGUGGGUAAGCUGCGCGAGCGGCUGCAGGAGGCCAAGCUGGAGCGGGAGCAGGAGCAGAGGCGGCACACGGCCUACAUCUCGGAGCUCAAGGCCAAGCUGCACGAGGAGAAGACCAAGGAGCUGCAGGCGCUGCGCGAGGUGCUCAUCCGCCAGCACGAGCAGGAGGCGGCGCGCACGGCCAAGAUCAAGGAGGGCGAGCUGCAGCGGCUGCAGGCCACGCUGAACGUGCUUCGCGACGGCGCGGCCGACAAGGUCAAGACGGCGCUGCUGGCCGAGGCGCGCGAAGAGGCGCGCAGGGCCUUCGACGGCGAGCGCCUGCGGCUGCAGCAGGAGAUCCUGGAGCUCAAGGCGGCGCGCAAGCAGGCGGAGGAGGCGCUCAGCAACUGCAUGCAGGCGGACAAGACCAAGGCCGCCGACCUGCGCGCCGCCUACCAGGCGCACCAGGACGAGGUGCACCGCAUCAAGCGCGAGUGCGAGCGCGACAUCCGCAGGCUGAUGGAUGAGAUCAAGGGGAAAGAUCGUGUGAUUCUGGCCUUGGAGAAGGAACUUGGCGUGCAGACUGGGCAGACCCAGAAGCUGCUUCUUCAGAAAGAGGCUUUGGAUGAGCAGUUGGUUCAGGUCAGAGAGGCUGAGCGGUACCACAGUAGUCCAAAGAGAGAGCUCCCGCCUGGCAUCGGGGACAUGGCCGAGCUCAUGGGCGUCCAGGAUCAACAUAUGGACGAGCGAGAUGUGCGCCGAUUUCAGCUGAAAAUUGCUGAGCUGAAUUCGGUGAUACGGAAGCUGGAAGACAGAAAUACCCUGUUGGCAGACGAGAGGAACGAACUGCUGAAACGCUCCCGAGAGACGGAGGUCCAGCUGAAGCCCCUGGUGGAGAAGAACAAGCGAAUGAACAAGAAGAAUGAGGACCUGCUGCACAGCAUCCAGAGGAUGGAGGAGAAGAUCAAAAACCUUACGAGGGAGAACGUGGAGAUGAAGGAGAAGCUGUCAGCCCAGGCGUCCCUGAAGCGGCACACUUCCUUGAACGACCUCAGCCUGACGAGGGACGAGCAGGAGAUCGAGUUCCUGCGGCUGCAAGUGCUGGAGCAGCAGCACGUCAUUGACGACCUCUCACUGGAGAGAGAACGGCUCUUGCGCUCCAAACGACAACGUGGGAAGGGCCUGAAGCCACCCAAGAAGCAUGUUGUGGAGACAUUUUUUGGAUUUGAUGAGGAGUCUGUGGACUCGGAAACACUGUCAGAAACGUCCUGCAACACAGACAGAACAGACAGGGCUCCGGCCACGCCCGAGGAGGACUUGGAUGACACGACAACCCGGGAGGAGGCUGACCUGAGGUUCUGCCAGCUGACCAGGGAGUACCAGGCCCUGCAGCGAGCCUAUGCCCUGCUUCAGGAGCAGGUCGGGGGGACGCUGGAUGCCGAGCGGGAGGCCCGGACUCGGGAACAGCUCCAGGCCGAUCUGCUGAGGUGUCAGGCCAAGAUCGAGGAUCUGGAGAAGUUACUGGUUGAGAAGGGACAGGAUUCCAAAUGGGUUGAGGAGAAGCAGCUGCUCAUCAGAACAAACCAAGACUUGCUGGAAAAGAUUUACAGGCUGGAAAUGGAAGAGAACCAGCUGAAGAACGAAAUGCAAGAUGCAAAGGAUCAGAACGAGCUGUUAGAAUUCCGAGUGCUAGAACUCGAAGAGAGAGAGCGGAGGUCGCCAGCAUUUAACCUCCAAAUCAGCACCUUCCCCGAGAACAACAGCAGCGCCCUCCAGCUGUUCUGUCACCAGGAAGGAGUGAAGGAUGUGAAUAUUUCUGAACUUAUGAAGAAAUUAGAUAUCCUUGGCGAUAAUGGGAAUUUGAGAAAUGAAGAGCAGGUUGCAAUAAUCCAGGCUGGAACUGUGCUUGCCCUGUGUGAAAAGUGGCUGAAGCAGAUAGAGGGGACGGAGGCAGCCCUGACCCAGAAGAUGCUAGACCUGGAGAAGGAGAAGGACCUGUUCAGCAGGCAGAAGGGCUACCUGGAGGAGGAGCUGGACUACAGGAAGCAAGCCCUUGACCAGGCUUACCUGAAAAUCCAGGAGCUGGAGGCCACUCUGUACAACGCGCUGCAGCAGGAGCCGGGGCGGAGGGCCAGCGAGGCGCUGAGCGAGGGCCAGCGGGAGGACCUGCAGGCGGCUGUGGAGAAGGUGCGCAGGCAGAUCCUGCGGCAAAGCCGGGAGUUCGACAGCCAGAUCCUGCGGGAGCGCAUGGAGAUGCUGCAGCAGGCCCAGCAGGUGGUAAGGUGAACGGAGAGGGGCUAG